AUGAGGAUCGUGAUUCGCUCUGAGGGCAAGGCGGCCGAGUGGAACCUGAUAGAGAUGCAAGGCGAGCUCUUCGUGCCGGAGGGGACGUAUGAUGGCAAGGAAAUCGGCAAGUUGUCGGAACGCGAUGGAGUUCCCAUCCUUAUUAUUGGAAAUCACUACCUGGAGGGCAAGCGAGUUGCAUUGAAGAAGCCGCUCGCAAUUCUCAACAAGGACGAGACAGCUGCAGCUUCGAUGGAGCUUGACACCGAUCAGUCGCAGGCCGUAGACUACCGACUUGCGGGUGUCAUCAAGUUCAAGUACAUCUUCAAGAAUCGCCCCAAGCCACUCUAG